CGGCGGAAGCUGGUGUUCUCCGGGAGCAUCUUGACCGCAUGCGCAGAAGGACCGCGCAUCACAGCAGCAGCAUCUGGACCCAACCGGACCGGACGUCGGCGGUGGAGGACAGGUGCGUGGUCACGUGCUCUGGCCGCCAUGGCGCAGGAGACCCGGGUCAUCUACCACCUGGAGGAGCAGGACACCCCCUACCUGAUCCGGCUCGGCGUGCCCGCGCACAGCGUCACUCUGGGCGACUUCAAGCACGCGCUGAACAAGCCCAACUCCAAGUUCUACUUCAAGUCCGUGGACGACGACUUCGGGGUGGUGAAGGAGGAGAUCAGCAGCGACGACGCUCUGCUGCCCUGUGUGAACGGACGGGUGGUGUGCUGGGUGGUGUCAGCUGACAGCUGUUUGGAUUUUCGGGGCUCAGACCUGCAGUCGUUGGCCACGCCCUCCAGCCUCGCCCCUCCCCCUAUAGAAAGGACGGGGGGUAUUGGAGACUCCAGACCGCCGUCGUUCCACGCCGCCGCGCUCAGCCAGGACGACCUGCAGCCGUCGGAGUGUCGUUCUGCUCUACGGCCACCGGGGGAGCUGCAGUGGAGCCACGAGGGCGAGCGAGGUGGGUCUCUGAACAGUCAUGACCGCCACCCCCCAGAGCAGCUGGAGGCGGGACCAACGGGUGGAGGGGGCGGGUCCAACCGACAGAGCAGCGAGCUGGAGAGCAGCAGCCUGUGCUCGUCUGAGGAGGACUCCAGAGAGAGGUUCAGUCGAUCAACAGAACCCAGCGGCUCCUCACCACGACUUAUUCGGCGACACCGGCGGCGCCACCGAGCACUACGGAUGGAGAGGUCUGCAUCUUUCAGCAGCGUCACCGACUCCACCAUGUCGCUCAACAUCGUCACCGUCACGCUGGACAUGGAGAAGUACAACUUCCUGGGAAUCAGCAUCGUGGGUCAGAGUAACGACAGAGGAGACGGAGGCAUUUACAUCGGCUCCAUCAUGAAGGGCGGCGCCGUGGCGGGCGAUGGACGCGUAGAGCCCGGAGACAUGCUGCUGCAGGUGAACGACAUCAACUUUGAGAACAUGAGUAACGACGACGCCGUCCGACUGCUGAGGGAGGUCGUCCAUCAGCCGGGGUCAGUGACGCUGACUGUGGCGAAGUGUUGGGACCCCAGCCCCCGCAGCUGCUUCACUCUACCGCGGAGUGAGCCGGUGCGGCCCAUCGACCCCGCUGCCUGGGUCUCUCAUACCGCCGCCAUGACCGGCAGCCUCCCCCCCCACUACGCGGUGCACGAGGAGACCCAGCUGAACAUCCACAGCGACAUGAUGGCGGUAGUCAAGGCGAUGGCCAAUCCUGAGUCUGGCCUGGAGGUCCGAGACCGGAUGUGGCUGAAGGUCACCAUCCCCAACGCCUUCAUCGGUUCUGACGUGGUGGACUGGGUCCACGCCAACGUGGAUGGCCUGAAUGACCGCCGGGAGGCCCGAAAGUAUGCCAGCAACCUGCUAAAGGCCGGAUUCAUUCGCCACACCGUCAGCAAGAUCACCUUCUCAGAGCAGUGCUACUACGUCUUCGGAGACCUGUGUGGAGAUCUGGCCGCCAUGUCUCUGCUCGACCACGAAGACGCCCCCAGCGGAGGGGGGCGGUCUGACUGCGGGCCGCCAUCGUACCAGAACGCCGUUCCUCACCCCUACAGCACCCCUCCUCCCCUCCACCUGCUGCUGGCCUGCGGGGGAGGGGGGGAGAGCCAGCUCAGUAACGAGAGCCGCAGCAGCCGGUCGGACGCCAGCGGCGCUCAGAGGGAGGACGGGGGAGGGGUGAACCCACCUGAGCACCACAGACGGGACGGUAGCCCCCCCACUGCUGAGAACGGCCUCCAGCCGCCGCCCCCCCUGCAGCCCGAGGUCCUGCGGCAGUCCUUCCGUCUGGCCAUGGGAAACCCCAGCGACCUGUUCGUAGAUGUCAUGUGACCACAGUCACCUGAGGAACACCUGUACAGAUCUGUCAUAAACAAUAAAAAUCUGACGUCA